AUGUGGAACGUCCUACCAACAACAGUCUCUCCGACUCGACCAUCUACACCCUGUACCGACGGUGUGGAACGUUCUACCAACAACAGUCUCUCCGACUCGACCAUCUACGCCCUGUCCCGACGGUGUGGAACGUCCUACCAACAACAGUCUCUCCGACUCGACCAUCUACACCCUGUACCGACGGUGUGGAACGUCCUACCAACAACAGUCUCUCCGACUCGACCAUCUACACCCUACCCCGACGGUGUUGAACGUCCUACCAACAGUCUCUCCGACUCGACCAUCUACACCCUGUCCCGAAAGUGUGGAACGUCCUACCAACAACAGUCUCUCCGACUCGACCAUCUACACCCUGUCCCGACGGUGUGGAACGUCCUACCAACAACAGUCUCUCCGACUCGAACAUCUACACCCUGUACCGACGGUGUGGAACGUCCUACCAACAACAGUCUCUCCGACUCGACCAUCUACACCCUGUCCCGACGGUGUGGAACGUUCUACCAACAACAGUCUCUCCGACUCGACCAUCUACGCCCUACCCCGACGGUGUGGAACGUCCUACCAACAAGAGUCUCUCUGACCCCACCAUCUACACCCUACACCGACGGUGUGGAACGUCCUAUCAACAACAGUCUCUCCGACUCGACCAUCUACACCCUGUACCGACGGUGUGGAACGUCCUACCAACAACAGUCUCUCCGACUCGACCAUCUACACCCUGUCCCGACGGUGUGGAAUGUCCUAUCAACAACUGUCUCUCCGACUCGACCAUCUACGCCCUGUACCGACGGUGUGGAACGUCCUACCAACAACAGUCUCUCUGACUUGACCAUCUUCACCCUACACCGACGGUGUGGAACGUCCUACCAACAACAGUCUCUCCGACUCGACCAUCUACACCCUACACCGACGGUGUGGAACGUCCUACCAACAACAGUCUCUCUGACUCGACCAUCUACACCCUGUACCGACGGUGUGGAACGUCCUACCAACAACUGUCUCUCCGACUCGACCAUCUACGCCCUGUACCGACGGUGUGGAACGUCCUACCAACAACUGUCUCUCCGACUCGACCAUCUACGCCCUGUCCCGACAGUGUGGAACGUCCUACCAACAACAGUCUCUCUGACUCGACCAUCUACACCUACCCCGACGGUGUGGAACGUCCUACCAACAACAGUCUCGCUGACUCGACCAUCUACACCCUGUACCGACAGUGUGGAACGUCCUACCAACAACUGUCUCUCCGACUCGACCAUCUACGCCCUGUACCGACGUGUGGAACGUCCUACCAACAACAGUCUCUCUGACUCGACCAUCUACACCUACCCCGACAGUGUGGAACGUCCUACCAACAACAGUCUCUCUGACUCGACCAUCUACACCUACCCCGACGGUGUGGAACGUCCUACCAACAACAGUCUCGCUGACUCGACCAUCUACACCCUGUACCGACGGUGUGGAACGUCCUACCAACAACUGUCUCUCCGACUCGACCAUCUACGCCCUGUACCGACGGUGUGGAACGUCCUACCAACAACAGUCUCUCUGACUCGACCAUCUUCACCCUACACCGACGGUGUGGAACGUCCUACCAACAACAGUCUCUCCGACACGGCCAUCUACACCCUACCCAGACGGUGUGGAACGUCCUACCAACAACAGUCUCUCCGACUCGACCAUCUACACCCUGUCCCGACGGUGUGGAACGUCCUACCAACAACAGUCUCUCCGACUCGACCAUCUACACCCUGUACCGACGGUGUGGAACGUCCUACCAACAACAGUCUCUCUUACUCGACCAUCUACACCCUACCCCGACGGUGUGGAACGUCCUACCAACAACAGUCUUUCCGACUCGACCAUCUACACCCUGUCCCGACAGUGUGGAACGUCCUACCAACAACAGUCUCUCUUACUCGACCAUCUACACCCUACACCGACGGUGUGGAACGUCCUACCAACAACAGUCUCUCCGACUCGACCAUCUACACCCUACCCCGACGGUGUGGAACGUCCUACCAACAACAGUCUCUUACUCGACCAUCUACACCCUACACCGACGGUGUGGAACGUCCUACCAACAACAGUCUCUCCGACUCGACCAUCUACACCCUGUCCCGACGGUGUGGAACGUCCUACCAACAGUCUCUCCGACUCGACCAUCUACACCCUGUACCGACGAGAUCGAAAGAAAAAAAGAACGAAACAGCGGCAGCAGACGACAGCAGAUGGGAGAAGACAGAAGAGAACGUGAAGAAUUAA